GAAGCUGAUGUAUUUGACAAAAGAGGAAUGUUGAAAACGGCAGCUCGCAAACGGAAACUAAAGCACACAGCUUGAAACAUUACUCGUGUUUUACCAUUCUAUUUUUAUCAAUAACUCUCUUUGUGUAGAAAAACAUUCAAAAAUGUCGCUCUCCUCUUCGUUGAGCGCGGCACCACUCAUCAGCCUCGCCGUAUACUGCCCGCUGUUGUCCCAGGACAAGGAGGAACGAGCACAAGACAACAUCCUCUUCUUCUUUCCACCGCACACCAAUCCCAGCAAACAGAUGAACCAGGUGGGCUUCUGCAUUGCUAUGAGCUCCCUGGCUGGGCGCUUCGGGGUCCGCUUCAGCAAUCGUCAGACCAUUCGUAAGCAACGCAGCAGUGUGUGUCUGUGCAGCCCCGUUGCUGAUCUCUGGGCAAGUGCGCACGUGCGCGGCGGCUACAGCGAGGCGGAGACGACGCACCAGCUGCUGCAGCUGAGCUUUGCCCUAUUCGAGCUGCUUUACGGACGCACGCUGCUUCGCUUACUGACUGAACUACCAUGCGCCACAGAAGCCGUUGAAGGGCCUUUUGAUGAAGCAUCGGGUUCGACUACCUCUCACGUAGGCGACGUCAACGAGGGGCGUGCACGUCUGCAGUCCUUCUUCACCAAGUGCGCCUACUUCAUUUCUGAUGUGCUCGCUGCACAGCAGCGGACGCUGACGGGCACGACGGCGAUGUCGUGCCCUCCUUCCCCCUCUAUGACGUCCACGCAGUGGGCUCAGUUCCUCUGUGGGGAGGCCAUCUUGGGCUUCCCAUUGCACCACGUGAACGCACGCCAGCUUCCUCGACGGCAGCUAGGCGGUGUGGAGGACGCCGUACACCGUGUGCUGCGGCCGCGGGCGUGGGCGUGCGCGCGGGUAGACGCCCUUCGUCCCGAACCCGACGAGCUGCCGCGUUGCUGUGUGUUCUGUCUACCCUCCUUGUACGUCCUUAUGGCCGACAGCCGUCUCUCCUGCAGGGUGUUGCAGGCAGUCAAGUUCUAUCUGGUUUUGUACGCCCCCAUCGCCAACUCCUCUUUUCGGUGUCAUUUGCCCGGUGCAGGACCGUGCGACGUGGCGGUGUGGAGGGAGGAAAACUUAUUGGUGGUCAUACUAGAAGCGCAGCGGUGCCAAGCAGCGGGUCUGUCUUCGCCCGCCGAGCCGACACUCAUGAACAGCACAGAUGCUCCUGGUGCAGCUGCGACGCCUCCUCCUCCGUCCGCCUCCUCGUUCUCCGCAUCCCUUCUGCAAUGCGCUAGCGCCAUUGGCAUCGAGGUGCGCCAUCUGCUGGUGCGCACAACUGCUGGCUUAGCAACCCCGACCGAGAGAGACGAGUACUGGCUUUCCACCUGCGACAUCACGCGACACGAAGCACAGUACACAACCGCAGCGGCGUCGCUGUCGCCAACUUCUGACGCGUCCCCCAACGUUUUGGUCCUUCGACUUCGACUUGUCGGUGGUGUUGUGGAGGGCACUUCGCUGGUGAAGGUGUGGCCUGGGCUCAUCGAUCACAUCCGCACGAUUAUCCACUCCACCAAACUGACCAUGGCCGCCUCGUCGUCGGGCGAUGGGGUGUGGGGGUGCUGGACGCGUUGGUGCUCCAUUUGGAUCUAUUUGCGCUUUGCGGGUUCCACGGUAGCGGUGCUGGCGUGGCGGUCGCCGGUGAGCAUCCGGCUGCUCUCUCAUGACGCAAAGCGCGCUCUUUUGCUGCCGCUGUAG